CAAUGCUUCUGUGGCAUUUUGAAUUACGCUCCCUUACUUAACACAAAAUGGUGGCUAUGUGCCCGGUGACUACCGCAAGAACGGUGAAGAUACGCCACCAUGCGUCGAAACUCUUCAACAAGAUAUCGAAACGAAUACCUACGGAACUGUCGUCAUUGUUUUCCAACAUUACCGUCCGAGCCUUAUGUUCAAGUCAUUAUUGUUGACAGUUCUUCUUGGGAAAAGCUUCCUGCAGCUGUUGUGAGAAACAAACGCUCUGUCUUGUCACAGGUUCGCGGCUUUUAUUUCCCACGGUACACUUGCGCGCCUCUUCGUAUAAAUAUAGUACAAAAUUGCAUCGCGAAGCUGCAGUCUCGACGGUGGACCGGUGGCGAAGUGGUUCAACGAAGAACGGUGAAAAUGAGUCGUUCCGUUGCCGUGAGAAUUACAGAAGCAACAGUAUUCAAUGGAUGGAGGAAGGAACAGGCGGGAACCAAAAAGCAGCGCUUUAACUGUCAUGCAGGAACCGCCAUCUUUUUCACCGUUUUCUCUUCGAAACGGUAGAUCACAAAUGACGGCGAUGAAUGGAAAGAGACCAUCCUCGAUUCCACCACGACAUCAACCUGAAACAUUAGCUCAACACUUUGAUCUAAUUAAAUACAUUUGUGAUUCCUGGAAUACAGUAUCUAGAGAGCUGGAUAUGUGUCACAAUCAACCACACAGUAAUUCUUCAAAUUAUAGGAAUGGUGCAUCUGUCACAUAUUAUCAAGAACGAGAACCAAAUCCACAGUUGAAAGAUUUUGAGCCAUUCAAUCUUGAAGCCUGGUGGGGACAACGUGUCGUUCAAAGUAUUACUAGGAAUGCAAACUCCUAGUGCCAGGCCCACCACAUCGACUAUAAUCGAACAUUCUCAAACAGACAUAAGAAACAGAAAAGAUAAAUUCAGUGCUGCCGAAAAAAUUCUUUCCUUUUCUAGAAACAAUUUAUUGUAUACUCAAAAGUAAGUGAUGA